AUGAGCCAGGUUGUACUUAUUACUGGAGCCAACCGAGGCAUCGGAAAAGGAUUCGUCACAUACUAUCUCGCGCGUCCAAACACUACAGUCAUCGCAGCCGUGCGAGAUGUCUUGUCUGAGCAAGCGAAACAACUUCAUACUUUGAGCAGGGGCAAUGGGAGUCGUCUAAUUAUUGUGUUCCUUGACGCCAACAGUGCAACAAGCGCUGCGCAAGCGGCUGCCGAAAUCCAGAUAAAGCACCGUAUCGAUCACAUUGACGUUGUCAUUGCCAAUGCGGGAGUCUGUAACUCUUGGGGGCCUGUUCUGGAAGUGGACGAGUCCGAUAUGUAUUCUCACUUUGAAGUGAACACCAUGGGCCCUCUAAGGCUGUUUCAACCCAUGGCACCGUUGUUGCAGAAAGCCAGAAUACCAAAGUUUGUCUAUAUAUCCACUCAGCUGGCAAGUAUUGGGGGUAUUGGGCAGACUCCGACAUUGACUGUUGCCUAUGGAAUUUCAAAGGCUGCUGGGAAUUAUCUGGUCAGGAAGAUCCAUGCAGAGAAUGAGCAUUUGAUUGCUUUAUUAUUCGAUCCAGGUCUAGUCCAGACAGAUAUGGGUGAUCGCGCUGCAGAGUUUCUUGGACUCGAUGCGGCGCCAGUAACCGUUAAGGAGGCCGUGUGUGGAAUCGCAGAGCAGAUUGAUACAGCGGAAAAGUCAACUACCUCUGGUGAAUUCUUUAGUUAUAACGGAGAACGCGUGGCCUGGUAG